AUGUCUGUGGAAGCUGAUCAAGAGCCACCGGUCGCCGAAGAGGUUCCUUCGCUACCUACUAGAUUCGAAGUUGAGUUAGAAUUUGUGCAGUCUUUGGCUAAUAUACCAUAUGUCACCUACCUUUUAACGCAACAGCAACAGUUGUGGAAGGAUCCCAAAUUUAAAAAUUAUUUAAAAUACCUAGAGUAUUGGUGUGAACCACCAUACGCACUUUGUAUUGUCUAUCCAAACUGUCUUUUUGUGUUGAAAUUGAUCAAUGGCUUUAUGGAGAACUCUACGGUUAACGAAGAUGGGCUGCUGGAUGGCCUCGAAGACUUGCCCAAGGUACUACAAAUGCAAGGUCCACAAUGGAUGAACGAAAUGGUCGACAGAUGGGUUUCAUAA